AGGAGAAGAAGAAGAAGAAGAGCCGCCGAUGAGCGCAGCGAAAGAAGAAAAAGUAAUCUCCUACUGGUGAGGCCUCUUCUUCCAUCCAACUCUGCCCGACCCGAACCAGCUCAUCUUCCAUCCCGCCGCACCAAACCCAACCUCCAAACUCGACCGUACGUCCUCUGUCCCCCCCCCUUCCGGCUCCUCCCUUCCUUCUUUCUGCCGGUUCUGAACGCUGCGACAUGGCAGGGCGAGGCGGACCAGCACGGACCAACGGCACGGCGGCGAGCAACAAGAUAUGUCAGUUUAAGCUGGUGCUGCUGGGAGAGUCGGCAGUGGGGAAGUCCAGCCUGGUGCUGCGCUUCGUCAAAGGCCAGUUCCACGAGUACCAGGAGAGCACCAUCGGAGCCGCCUUCCUCACACAGACAGUAUGUCUGGAUGACACAACAGUCAAGUUUGAGAUCUGGGACACUGCGGGACAAGAACGGUAUCACAGCUUGGCGCCGAUGUAUUACAGAGGAGCUCAGGCUGCCAUCGUGGUUUAUGAUAUCACCAACACAGACACAUUCACACGUGCAAAGAACUGGGUGAAGGAGCUGCAGCGACAAGCCAGCCCCAAUAUUGUCAUUGCACUGGCAGGGAACAAAGCAGACCUGGCCAACAAGAGAGCUGUAGAUUUCCAGGAAGCACAAGCAUAUGCAGACGACAACAGUUUGCUCUUCAUGGAAACCUCAGCCAAGACCGCGAUGAAUGUCAACGAGAUUUUUAUGGCUAUAGCCAAGAAGCUUCCGAAGAACGAGCCUCAGGGAGCAGCUGGCGCCGGCGGCCGGGCCCGAGGCGGCGUGGACCUGCAGGAGGCGGCGCCGCAGGGCAGGAGCGGCCAGUGCUGCGGGGGCGGGAACUAGAACCAAUCAGCUGAUCCAAUCCACAGCUCCGAUCAACCAGACCAGAUAUCAGCCAGCUGUCAAACGAAGUCCCACCGGUCGGACCAACAAACCCACCCUACGAGCACCAAUUAACUGUUUGGCAAACGAGUCCACUGGCCAGUAAACCGCCAGACGGAUCGGAACCAAGAAAUCAACACAUUGGCAGAAUCAUGUUUUAACCCCAGGACUCGCCAGCCUAUUGAUGAUGGACACUUGACGUCACCUUAGGGGGAAGAAGGAAAAAAAUAAAAGAUCAGUCAUUACCAAUGGCACUUAAAAAUAGGGCCGUCUUGCUCACUUGUGUGUCUGUAUUUGUGUAGAGGAAAAAAAGAAAAAAAAAAAAAAAGAUUAAUGCAACAAGAAGGAAUAUAAACAGGCUCAGCGGCUCUGUCCUUUCUCUUCUCGCUUUCCAAUGCACCGAAAAUUUCUUACCAUCAAGUUAAGUCCAGGUGCAUGCUUCACUUUCUGUCUUGUUCCUGGCAAAGAAGAAGAAGAAGAGGGAAGGUUUCCACCAGGAGAGCAGGAAUGGACAGAUGUUUCCUUCUUGAUAGAGCUGUGUAGAUUGAAUUAUUACAUCAUUAUUGUUAUCACUAUCAUUAUUUCUUUUGACACGGGCUGGUCAGUAUGAUUUUAAAGCCUGCACUUUGAGGUUUUACAAUCAUCCGUCUUACAGUAUGUUAUCAAAACCAUAUACAGUAAAUAGUACUUUAUUAACAUCGUCACCCAUAUGUAAUUUUUAGCAUUAAUGUAAUGAAUCAUCAGUGUAAAAAUGGCAAAUACGUUAAAAAGCAAGAUCUGUUUUCUCGACCAAAAUCACAACUGUGUAUCGAAAACAUGUUGCUGUAUUUGUAACAGACUUUUCAAGUUUAUAAUCAAUCAGUAGUUCUUGUCAAAACUUCCCAAAUCUCCACAUGAUGUUCUGUCGACCUUAAUUCUGUUGUGAUGUUUAGUUUUUUUUUUUCUUUUCUUUUCUUUUAUAUGUCUUAAUUUUUUUUUCUCUGGAGAUUUAUGGUAUUAAAUACACUGGUUCUGUCUCAUCAUCUUUGUGAAUUGAGAUGUUCUCCUCAGCUUCUUUUUUUCCUUUCUUUUUUUUUUUUUGUUCUCUCUUUUAUUUUUACUCGUCAUAUCAGGGAGGGAUUUUCUUUCAGCGGCGUUGUCAUCCUGUUAUGGCAUCAACAACUAGCACAACAGAACCUGCACAGCAGUCUCUGCUGUUUGGUGGGCGGGAUAACAGGGAGGGUGGGAUCGUGGGUAGAGAAGGAAAAAAUGUAAUUUUACGAAUAAACAAGGGGAAGGUAACCUUA